GGUUAUAAAGUGAAAUGUGAGUGUAAUGGGCAACCACAAUCGACGUGCCUUAUGAAACAAAAAACUAUCAUUGCGCACGAUACCCCAACGCCAUUUUGAGGCGAAAUUUUGUAUUAUAUCGGGAGCGGAGGAUGGCCCGGGGAGGGAGCGCUCUAGUUAACUGACGGACGUCGCCGGCUCACAGCUGGCGCAAGCAAAAAAAAUGCCCCGCCCUGGGAGUCUAAAAGACCCAGAUAUAGCGGAACUUUUCUCCAAACAUGACCCUGAGAAGAUCUUCGAAGACCUUCGCGAAAUUGGCCAUGGCUCCUUCGGCGCAGUGUACUACGCGAGAUGUAAUCUUACCAAGGAGAUUGUCGCCAUCAAGAAGAUGUCGUACCUUGGGAAACAGAGUGAAGAAAAGUGGCAGGAUAUCUUGAAGGAAAUCAAGUUCCUGAAACAGCUGGAUCACCCGAACACAAUAGAGUACAAGGGAUGCUACAAGCGUGAACACACAGCGUGGCUCGUGAUGGAAUAUUGCGUUGGCUCUGCCUCUGAUAUUAUCGAGGUCCAUAAACGCCCUUUACGAGAAGAAGAAAUAGCAGCAAUAUGCGAAGGCGUAGUCUGCGGACUAUCAUACCUUCACAGCCUGGGGCGAAUCCAUAGAGACAUAAAAGCGGGGAAUAUUCUUCUCACGGAGAACGGCACGGUAAAACUCGCGGAUUUCGGCAGUGCAAGCAUAAAGUGCCCGGCUAACAGUUUUGUUGGUACGCCGUAUUGGAUGGCUCCUGAAGUUAUACUGGCUAUGGACGAAGGACAAUACGACGGAAAGGUGGACGUGUGGUCUCUGGGUAUAACGUGUGUUGAGCUGGCGGAGCGAAAGCCUCCUUAUUUUAACAUGAACGCCAUGUCCGCUUUGUACCACAUUGCGCAGAACGAAUCGCCUACGUUACAAGCGCCAGAAUGGUCGGCCGUAUUUCGUUAUUUCGUAGAAGCGUGUCUCCAAAAAAACCCUUCAGACCGCCCAACGUCGACAAAGCUCCUAUCACACCCUUUCAUCACGAACCAGCGCUCGUCCACCGUGCUAGUCGAUCUCAUUCAGAGGACAAAAGCAGCAGUACGGGAUCUCGAUAACUUGAAUUAUAGGAAGAUGAAGAAGAUACUUAUGGUCGACGGUGAUAAUGAAAGUGCUAUUGGAGACAGCGAAGAAACAGCGGAGGAGCGGUCGGGUGGCGAUAGUAGUAAGUCGAACUCUGCCACGUCCGAGCACAGCGCCGCCGGUGCCUCCAGCCAAAGCUCUUCCUCCGGCAGUCUGCGAAGACGACCGAGGCCUGUGAACGCCAACCACCACGUGCCACACCCAGUGCAGCAGCCCUAUGCUCAUCUCAAUCAUCAACACUCGCCACACCCUCCCAGACGCAAGUGGCUUUACUCAUGUUGCUGUUUCGUACGCAGAGAGAGCGAGAGCCCUAUUCCCGCUCCGCACGACGACUACGUCAAUCGCGACGCAUUGAGAGAGUACGCCAAUAGAGAUUCCCUCGGCGACGACUACGGUGACGACUACGCGAAUAGAGAGGCGAUUAGGGAGGCACAACUGGAAAGAGAAAGAGAUAGGGAAAGAGUGGCGAAUGAAUACAGAGAGUACGUUAAUGCGCCCUCGACGUGGCAGCAGGAUAGUGGAGAUGAUAAUAGGAAUACGCAACGGCGGCCAAAUAGAGAACACAUAAGCAACAACGUGUCUGCGGCGCUGUCACUGGUGUCGGAACAUGGUGCAAACAACUUCGCCACCAUCCGCACCACCAGCAUCGUCACCAAACAGCAGAAGGAGCACAACCAGGAGAUGCACGAACAAAUGUCAGGCUACAAACGAAUGCGGCGCGAGCACCAAGCAGCAUUACUGAAACUGGAAGAACGUUGUAAAGCCGACGUAGACGCGCACAAAGCACAGCUCGACCGCGAGUACGAUGCACUACUGCAACAGCUUAGCAGAGAUCUAGAACGGCUGCAGACGAAACACGCGCAAGAGUUGGAACGCAAACAAAAACAGAACGCAGCGGCAGAAAAGAAGCUGAUAAAGGAUAUAACAGCUCGGCAGGAGCAGGAGAGGAAGGCGUUCGACACGCAACGCAAGCGCGAGUACAAGGCUAACAAAGAACGCUGGAAAAAGGAGCUCAGUAUGGAUGACGCCACGCCUAAGAGACAGAGAGACGCUACGCUACAGUCGCAAAAGGAUAACCUAAAGCAGGCCGAGGCGGCGGAAGAGGUGCGGCUAUUACGCACACAGCGCGAGUACCUCGAACUAGAGCUGCGCCGCUUCCGCCGGCGCCGCAUGCUCGCUAUGCACCACAAGGAACAGGAGUUACUCAGAGAGGAGCUCAACAAGCGACAAUUGCAGCUGGAGCAAGCGCACACGAUGUUACUAAGACACCACGAAAAGACGCAAGAGCUUGAGUACCGACAGCAGAAAGGCGUGCACGCACUUAGAGAAGAGCAGUUAGCUCAGCAGCACGCAACGGAGCUUGCCAACCAACGCGAGUACAUGCAGCGGGCGGAACAUGAGCUGCGCAAAAAGCACGCGCUGCAACUCAAGCAGCAGCCCAAGAGCCUCAAGCAAAAGGAAAUGCAGAUCCGGAAGCAGUUCCGAGAGACGUGCAAAAUCCAAACGCGUCAGUACAAGGCACUCAAAGCGCAUAUACUUGCCACCACAGCAAAGGAGCAACAAAAGGAAGUGAUAAAAACGCUAAAGGAUGAGAAGCGGCGCAAGCUGGUGCUACUGGGCGAGCAGUACGACCAGAGCAUCACUGAAAUGCUGCAGAAGCAGACAGUACGCCUUGAUGAAAGCCAAAUGAUGGAGUGCCAGCAACUGAAGAUGCAACUGGAGCACGAGUUAGAUAUGCUGACGGCGUACCAGAGCAAGAGCAAAAUGCAGGCUGAGGCACAGCGCAACCGCGAGCGCCGUGAACUCGAAGACCGCGUGGCUGUCAGGAGGGCGUUGCUCGAACAAAAGAUGGACACGGAGUGCGGACAGUUCGUGGCGGAGCGCGCUGAACGCACGCGUAUGCUGCACGAGAGGCACGAGCGCGAGCUCGACCGCUUCGACAGCGAGAGCACGCGUCUCGGUUUCAGCGCAAUGGCGAUCGCAGAGGGUGGUCGAGAAGGCUUUGGUGACGAAGAGCAAUCUCUCUCCGGGUCAAUGCUAUCCCUCGCGCACUCUAACUCGUCCGCUUCGUUCCCCGCCGGUAGCCUUUAAUGCCGACCACACCACACCCUCCCCUCCCCGUCUUGUGCCUACACCAGCACCAGUAAGUAAUGCUGUUGCCAUGAGUUCAUCAUUAUCCUUGUAUGCUUUGAUUAGACGUGAAGUCUUGAACAGACAUAAGGUACCAUAUUCAUUAAUUGUUGAUGGGUGACAAUAGGAUCUGUUUGGAUGUGAAGUGUGGUAUGCAUUUUGUUUUAGUAUUAAUACCUAAAUAAAGUCAUGCAACACUUCAGAUAUGCUAUGUGGCUAUUUCCACCUUUUGAUGGAUAUUAUACGGGCUUCUUAAAUUGGGAUCACUGCCCAAUAUAAUUGAAGGUACAAGGAGACAUUUUUAUAAAUACAAUUAUAAAACAACGUGGAAGUAAAAGAAACGUUUAGUCUCCAAUGUAUAAAAAUAAUUGUUAAGUAUUGCAAGCUUUGCUGUGAUAAUUGACUGCUUGCUUGUAAAAAUUUAUUAAAAUAUUAUAAAACUAUUGUAUGGGGAAAUAAAUGUAUUUAUUAAAACUUAAUUCUACCUCACUAGAAAAGGCUCACAAGGGUUGGCUUUUAUUGAAUGGAAGUCAAUAAAUAUACAGUAAUAUUGUCAUAUUGCUGUUGAUAUUACAACUCUGUUGCUUUUAGUAUUUGUAUUAAAAUACUCGAUAGUAAUAAAUUGCUGUACCUUUAUAAUAUAGUAUCUUGCACGAUCGCACUAAACAAAAAAUAAUCACGAUCUUAAUUGGUAUUAUAGAUCGCGUAAAACCAGUGGGACACCUCCAUGUCACAUUUUCUUUUGGAUCGACAUGUACUUUUUUACAUCGCUUCUCUUGGCAACAGCAUUUAAUCCGUAACCUUAUGAAUAAAUACAGAGACUGUACCGCCCUCCCUCGGAAUGUUAUAGGCAUUGGAAAAUUCUUGAGAGUGUUGUAACGUAGCGGAACGUUGGCAUUGCCAACUUAGAUUUUAAUUUUGUGUGUGAAAAGUUUUGUUCUGAUAUGCUUUGCGAAUUUUUCGCUUUUCGUACAAAUCAUUGGAAGUUUUGUCCAAGUUUGUAUGGGCAGUCAAAAUAAAUGUAAAUCUAUUCAAAACUUAUAAGAACAAAAGGUUUUUGUGUUUAUUUAGUCUCUCAAGCUUAAUUGAAUUUAGUUCCUGCUAUUGAUCAAAUUUUCCGAAAAUUCGAUUAGGCAAUGGAAUUUUGAAUUUAUCGGAACAAAACUAAAUGUAUAUGUGAUCAAAAUUUCAUGACAGAACUUCAUCUGACGUGUCUUUCAUUUACUUGGAAAAUGAGAGAGAAAGAGAUAAGUUUCUUUUUCAUGAUAUUUUUGUUGACGUUUUAGUAUUGAUGUAACGUCUUCCAAAUGCGAUGCAGUAUUGGUAGCGGACUCGGGAGGGCAUUUCCUAUACACUAUUAAGUUUAAUGCACUCCAUAUUUAAUUAUUCUAAUGCCACGCGGCAGAGUGUUUGGGGUCACACCGUUUAUAUGUACCGGUCAUUGUAUGAGACCAUUGGUGGCAUCUUGUAUUUAUUUGUACAUAGUUUUGUGAAUUGAUUAUUUAUUAAUUUAAUAAUUUUUUUUUUAAUUCUCUUUGUAACUUAAAUAUUCAUUUAACAUUAACGCUGGCAAAUUACAUUUGUACUCUCGCCAUGUUGCGGAUUUUUUAAGAAAUAUUUUAUUUUGCUGACAACGGGGAGAUUUUAGUCAACAGUCAACACUAGCGCCAACAUUUCAGGGUUCAAAACUAACUGACAGCCUCAUUGAACUUUAAUAUUCUAUUGUUUUCGAAAAUUUAGCUCAACAUCAUUUAGACUAUUGACUCAUAAUUAUUUUAAUGCAAAUUGUAUACAAGAAGACGAAAAGAGGAUCAUAAAAUCUGGUGCCUGAACGCAAGUUAUUCCCACACCACUUACACUUUGUCGCGCGUUAGCCUUUCCUAAGGGUUGUUUGAGACUGCGUGCCGUAUGUUGUUUAAAUGCAGCGAUGUGCAAAUGAUACGCUUUCUUAUUAGAGGUUUUAACUCAAUCGCUCGUCUCCGUUGUUUAUGAGGAGGCUUUACACGAACAUAUUUAUCGCCCAAAUGGGUUAUAGAUGUAUAUUGAAACGUGAUAGGCACAAAACUGUCUCUUUCCCUCAUUCUGUUAGCUUAUGUACCUCUGUUGAUUAGGGUUGGACUUGGCAAUACGCAUAAGCAUCGCUUGUCAAAGUUGUCUUUUAUUGGAAUUUUGUCAGCCCGCCUCGGCUUGAAGCAUACUGACGACUCUCCAUAUAAAACACACGUUUAUUACCAAAGUGAUGCUGCCAUAUGAGAAUCAAUCUUAAUUACCGAAUUACCUUUUCUAUCACAAACAAUAACUGUUUAAAAAAAUUCUAAAGCUUAAAAGCACUUGUAAAAUAUUCAUUUUUAUUUAUAUUACGAUCUCUUAGACUUAAGGAACUAUUCCGACUACAAUAUUUAGUAAUAAAAAAAUAUAUAAGAUCUAAGCAUAUUAGGCCGUCCCAUCUAAAAUUCAUUACACGUAAUUACAUAAACAAUGGAGUCGAGUGAAUAGUGCAUGAUUGGAACUAGCAUCUUGAUCUAUACUUGUAUAAUAUGUAGUCUACGAUAAGUUUCUAUAGUGGUUCUAGCUCAUUUUUCCUCUUGGUAACUCUAUUGGAAGCUGUUCAAGACGGAAACUACCAUUAACAGGUGAAAUGAUAUUUUAAGGUAAACUUUGUAGUGUAACCAAGGAAUGUUGAUCCUCAAAGUGUACGCUUAAUCUUGAUGAAGGCAUUACUUAGAGGGAGUAGACGCGACGCCCCGCCCCGCACUCGUCAGUUAUUGUUUUACAUUAGAUAGUCAAAAUUCUAAUAUUCAUAUCAUUAGGUUUUACUUUAGGGGCAAUUUUUUCAAGUAUAAUAAGUUUAUUUCGUAGCGCGGAUUGAUCGCAUUUGUUCAUUGGCAUACUAUUGAGUUUAUGGAAAUGUUUAAAUGGUC